CUGCCUUUGCAUCUCAGCGUCGCUCUGGUCUUCGGUAUUUAAACUGGGAACUUCCACAACACUCAGUUUUUGUUCUAUGUGCACAGUGAUAGAUAGUAAUAAUAAUAAGUUCAAAGCUUUGCAGCGUACUUCUGUAUAUUAAAGUUUUCAAGUAGAUAUUUGCGUAAAUAUCUGAACUAAGAAUGUGAGAAUAUACGCAUUAUUGGCUAUAUCAACUCAUGUUGAAUUUAUUGUAUAAGUACAUGAUUUAAAAAAUGUGCGGAUUCAAUAUGUACGAUUUUCUCUACACACAUAACAAACCACAAACGCGCGCGCGAAUGGAGAUAACACACACACCCACUGGGUUCAUUGGGUAAUUCCGGUUACGAAGCGACCGUACAGACCAUUUUUAUUUUUACUGGAUAAGUAGUAAGACUUAUAUCUAAACAAUAAACAGUGAGAUAUUGAUUGACAUUGUAACCAGACUGUUUUCGAUUAUUAUGAUGAGAAGUGUAACACACAUCGCUCUUAUUUACGCAGUUUGUAUUGUUUCUACGUAUGCAGAAAUUACCAAGUGUGAGUUGGAUAAAUUUCGAUGCCGCAACGGAGAGUGUAUAGCGAGCGAAUUGUUGUGCGACGGCAAAGCGAACUGUAGAGAUGCGUCCGACGAAACGCAGAGCGAAUGUAAAGAGUCGGAAAAUUUGUGCCCUUCUCUCGCAUUUCGUUGUAACUACGGUGCGUGCAUAGACGGAAACUUGAUCUGCAACGGUGUUAAAGACUGCAUUGACAAUAGCGACGAAACGCUGCCUCAAUGNGANACUNCGGNNAUCGUCAAUGGAUCGGANAAUCNCUCGCNAUGUANAUCCUCUGAGUUCAGAUGCGACAGCGGAAAAUGUAUUCCCGAAAUCGAAGCGUGCGACGGAAUCCGGAAUUGCGCGGAUGGCUCCGACGAAACGCCCGCGUUGUGCAGAUCGUUACCGUGUUCGGCAUUCCGUUGCGCUUAUGGCGCUUGUAUCGAUCGUGAUCGACGAUGUAACGGAGUGGCCGAUUGCGCCGACAGUUCGGAUGAAGAUCCACAAUUGUGCGGAUCAAUCUGGUCGCAGACGCCUCAACCGUUCCCCACACCAAUCACACACCCAUCACCACCAACUAGACAUCCACCAACUAGACAAACUACGCAAUUACCGCCAAUAUACAGUCCAACAAAUUGCAUAGCGCCUCCACAACCACAAAACGGACGUUGGAUGUUGCAUAGGAAACUGUGUUUUGGUAGUAGACAAAAUUGCGUUGUUCCAGAAGGAACAGAACUUCCAACAGCUUCUCAACUUAUCUAUUCUUGUAAUGAAGGAUAUAAACUUAACGGUUCUCCCAAUGUAAUCUGUAAUUUUGAAGGACAUUGGCCUACUAUACCAGAAUGCACAGAAAUACGCUGCAAAGCUCUUAGGUCAGUGUCCACUAUAGCUACAUGCAGAAAGGAAAAUCGGCAUAUACCUUUAUGGUGUGAAUCUCCAGUUCCACCAGGGACCAGAGCAAGGCUGAGGUGCCCGCACAGUUAUCGGCAAGAAAGCGAUCUACAAAGUAGAUUCGUGAUAUGUAACGAAGAUGGGAACUGGGAUCCAGAACCUAUACGAUGUGUUCCAGCGUGCGGCAGACAGCCUGUCAACAUCGAACCGCUUAUUUCCCGCGGUUAUCGGUAUAUGCCUAAAUUCACGGAUUUCCCAUGGCAUGCUUCUUUGUACCGUGGUUCAUCAAAGACAUAUUUUUGCGGAGCGUCUAUCAUCACAGAGAAUCUCUUAAUAACAGCAGCUCAUUGUGUGUACAGUGAGCAGGAUGAACGGCCAAUUAAUCCUACCGAGAUUAAUAUAAUGACAGGAAACCUUUACAGAGAUUUCUACGUUCCUUACGACGAAAACAUCGGUCAAGAGAGAAAGGUGAAUAAUAUUUACGAGUGCUUCUACAUAGGAUCGAGAAGAAAUUACGGAUCGGACAUCGCAAUAUUAGAGAUUGACAAGCCGUUUAAAUUGUCGGAUUUUUUGGUUCCUAUAUGCAUCGAUUUCUCCAAUAUCUUUCCUGUGAUACAAACAGGCGAUAUAGGAAAGAUUCCGAGUUUCGGUACGACAUCGGCAAUUAGUAACUCCAGCGGGAUCUUGCAGGCGUUGAAUAUGACGCAUGUUUCGAUCAACCAGUGUAGGUCUGCGGCGCGAAUUGCCGAUAGAGAAGAAUAUGUUAUUUCAGAUGACAAAUUCUGUGCGGGUUACAUGAACGGAUCCUCUGUGUGUGACGAUGACAGGGGCAGUGGAUUAGUCGUACGUAUUAAUGAUUUGUGGUAUCUUCAAGGUGUUGCCACCAUGAGUCUCAAUACUAUACAAGGACAGUCAAUUACGUGUAACAACAAUAUGUAUAGCAUAUUUACAAGAGUAUCUAGCCACGUUAGGUUUAUUUCCAACGUAAUAAAAAAAUUAGAAAGUGGGCAGCAACCCAAGUGCUCAGACACAGAACUAGGAUGCAAAACUUUGAACUCAGUAUCUACUAAAGCUACGUGUAUAUAUAAGGAAAACUCGUGGUCAUGUGAUUUCCCAGUUUUACCGAACACAAGGGCAAUGCUAGAAUGCCGAGACAAUUAUGAGCAAGAAAACGAUCGGCAAAGUACAUCCGUGAUAUGUACUGAGGCCGGGAAAUGGGAUCCAGAACCUAUACAAUGUGUUGCAGCGUGCGGCACGCUUCCUGCCAAAAAUAUCUCGUCUUUCUUGAACGGUUACCGGUCUAAUAUCGCGGAUUUUCCAUGGCACGCUUCGUUGUACCGCGGUGAAUCGAAGACAUAUAUUUGCGGAGCAUCCAUCAUCAAAGAGAAUCUUUUAAUAACAGCUGCCCAUUGUGUGUACAGUGAGCGGGAUAAACGACCAAUUGAUCCUACCAAGAUUCACAUAAUGACAGGAAAUAUUUACAGACAUUUCGACUUGUCUCACAACGAAACCAUCGUUCAAAAAAGACAGGUUUCCAAUAUUUACUUUACGUGCAAUUACAUAGAUUCGAGAGGAAGUGUCGGAGCGGAGAUCGCGAUAUUACAGGUUGACAGACCGUUCGAAAAGUCGGCUUAUCUAAUUCCUAUAUGCAUCGAUUUGUUUAAUGCUUUGCCCGUACUGAAACAAAACAGUACAAUAAAGUUGCCGGCAUUUGAUAGACCGUCGGCAACUAGUACUUCCAGCGGGAUGUUGCAGGCGCUGGAGAUGUCGUAUGGUUCGAUCGAUCAAUGCACAUCUGCGGCGCAAAAUACUGACACAGAACAGUAUAUUAGUUCACAUGACAAGUUCUGUGCGAGAUACACGAACGGUUCCUUCGUGUGUGACGGUGACAGCGGUAAUGGGGUAGUUGUUUUUAGUGAUGGCUUAUGGUAUCUUCGGGGUGUUGUUACUUCCUCUCUAGGCUUGAUACAAGAAGUAGCGGUUAUUCGGUGUAACCACAAUAUGGUUACCAUAUUUACACAAAUAUCCAGCCAUGUUUCGUUUAUACACGAUAUAUUAUCAAAAUUAGAAAGAAAACAGCAACCUACGUGCUCAAACGGAGAUUUUACAUGAUAAAUAAUACAAAAUAAAAAACAUUAUUUUUAAGGUGCUAACAAAAUAUACUAGUGAUUUUCGAAUGUGAAAGUGAAAUGCUAAUUUUGUACUAUGUUUGUACUGCUGUUAGUGAUUGGAAGUGACUGUGUGCUUGGAUAUGAAAGUGCAAUGUUGUUAAAUGGAAUACCUAAAGAUACUUAUAAACAAUAUUUUUUUACGUGUGUAACGAUGAUUAAGAAGAGCUUCACAUUUCUGACAGUGUACUUCGUCACUUUAAUAUGAAACUAAGUAUCAACUGUAAAGUAUUUUUAAUUAAAAAAUAGUGUAAUGUAUAUGAAACGUAGCUUACUAAUAUGAGUAUAAAUAAAUACAGUACAAUAGUAAAUAUAAGUCACUUAAGUAUAACAGCAAUUGUCUUAACCAA